AUGGCUUCUAGAACUCAAUUUGAAAAUUCGAACGAGGUUGGUGUUUUCUCCAAGUUAACAAACUCGUACUGUCUUGUUGCUGUUGGUGGUUCUGAGAAUUUUUACUCUGCCUUUGAAGCUGAACUUGGCGAUGUCAUUCCUAUUGUGCGUACCACCAUUGCUGGUACUCGUAUAGUAGGUAGAAUGACUGCGGGUAACAGAAGAGGUUUGUUGGUUCCUACGCAAACCACCGACCAGGAGCUAAUGCAUUUGAGAAAUUCUUUGCCAGACUCUGUCAAGAUCCAAAGAGUGGAGGAGAGAUUGUCUGCUUUGGGUAAUGUCAUCUGCUGUAAUGACUACGUUGCUUUGGUGCACCCAGAUAUCGAAAGAGAAACUGAAGAGUUGAUUGCCGAUGUUUUGGGCGUCGAAGUGUUCCGUCAAACCAUCGCUGGUAACGUUUUGGUUGGCUCGUACUGUUCCUUGUCGAACCAAGGUGGUUUGGUUCACCCACAAACAUCCAUCCAAGAUCAGGAGGAGUUGUCUUCGCUUUUGCAAGUUCCUUUGGUCGCAGGUACAGUCAACAGAGGUUCCUCUGUGGUUGGUGCCGGAAUGGUAGUGAACGAUUGGUGUGCUGUGACCGGUUUGGACACCACUGCGCCUGAAUUGUCUGUUGUUGAAUCUAUCUUUAGAUUGCAAGACGCACAACCUGACGCCAUCACCGGAAACUUGAGAGACACGUUGAUCGAGACAUACUCUUAA